AUGACUUCUUCUGUUCAUUUCAAGUUCAAAUCUCAGAAGGAACCCUCGAGGGUGACCUUUGACGGCACGGGUAUAUCGGUUUUUGAACUGAAAAGAGAAAUCAUCAAUCAAAAUCGACUAGGCGAUGGAAGUGAUUUUGAACUUGCAAUUUAUAACGAAGAUACAAACGAAGAAUACGACGAUGACACAACGAUUAUCCCACGAUCCACCUCUGUAAUCGCCCGCAGGCUUCCUGCCGCAAGGCCCGGGAAGGGCGGGGCGGCACGCUAUGUCUCUGGUAAAAUGCCAGUGAACGCGCGUAGUUCCUCCAGGAUUGAACCCCCUACAUCCAACCGAACUGUCAGCGGUGGAGGUGCUAUUAUAAACAAUAUUCCUGAUUUGAAUGCUGCGCAAUCCGAAGAUGAAAAGAUCAAAGCUUUGUUUAGCUUGCAGGAAACACAAUGGAAAGAACAACAAAACGAAAUGGCCAAUGCUACUCCAGUUCCAUUUAAUCGAAGCAGGGGAAAACCUGUCAAUGUCCCUGAUCAUCCUCCACCUCCAGGUUAUUUAUGCUACCGUUGCCGAGAAAAAGGUCAUUGGAUACAAGCAUGUCCCACCAAUAAUGACCCCAAAUUUGACGGUCGUUAUCGAGUCAAACGAUCGACGGGAAUACCCCGCUCGCUCCAGAAACAGGUUGAAAAGCCUGAUUCCUUGGCAUUGGAUGGGUCAAACGAAGAUUCGAAGCUUUCUGGUGUAAUGGUAAAUGCGGAUGGCGACUUCGUGGUUGCUCAGCCAGAUAAGGCAUCAUGGGAAUUAUACCAGGAAAAAGCCAAAGCUUCUGCUGCAGCGGCAGCUGAAUUUGCCGCAGCUGAAGGGAGCAGGGAGAUACAGGCGCGUGGUUUACAGUGUCCAAUUGAUAAACGAUUGUUACUAGAGCCAACGAAAACGCCAUGCUGCAAAAAAACUUAUUGCAAUGAUUGUAUCACAAAUGCAUUGAUCGAAAGUGAUUUCGUUUGCCCUAAUUGUUCUACGGAAGGCGUAUUACUAGACAAUCUAACAGUGGACCAAGAAGCUGUGGGUAAACUAAAGGAUUAUCAAAAGGAGAAGGCCGAGAAAAAAGAGAAGGAGAGAGAGCAAUCAGUUAGCGAAAAAUCCACCGUAUCUCCUCCAAGAGUUGUUUCGGAACCCGCCAACCAAAAAUACGUGUCUACUUCUUCCCCCAAACUACCAACACAGCCUAGUCCGACAUGUUUGAAAAAGCGACCGGUAGGAGAAGGGGACGAAAAUGCAAGUGGGCAGGAUGUUGUUGCCACUGCACCAGCAAUGAAAAAGCAGAAAUCAAACGACGGCCAGCCUCAUGUCAACAGCCAUCAUAACCAAAAAGGAGAAAUCCAUAACGGAUUUUCUCCCUCGCCGUUCCAUCAGCAACUACCCUUCGGAAAUUUUAAUUCUCCAUCUCCCCAACACUUCCAAAUGACCGGGUUUCCUCAACAGAACGUGAUGCCAAUGCCGGGGUUUAUUGGCAAUGUAGAUAGCUCUACGCCCAUGCUAAACGGAUAUGCGCAAGGCGAAAAUGGGUGGAAUCAGAUGGCGAGUAAUAAUAUGAACUUUGGUAUGCCAAACGGACCAUAUACGAAUAGCUUUAGCCAGCCAAUGAUGCCAUUUGGUGGAUAUGGGCCAAGCAAUUUCGGCCCUGGCCCAGGCGGGAUGAUGCCCAUGAGCAUGAAUUUCAUGAACCAACCUCCCAGUCAUCUCCCACAACGACCGCCCUUCCAACAAAACAUAGGCAUGGCACCCUUCUCGAACCAGCAACGAACCAGUUUCGGACGACCAUUCGCGAAGGAAGAAGACAAUGCGUAUCUACGACAGCCAGUCAACCCGCAUCGACACCAAGCGAGGCAGAAACGAAUCAGGCCGAGUGACUAUCGUGAGCUGUAG